GUGCGCACCUUCAUCGAGGAGAAGGCCCGCGUCUGCACGCCCGAUCAGGUCCUCGUCUGCGACGGCUCCGAGGCGGAAAACCAGCAGCUGAUCGACCUGAUGGUGAAGGAGGGGCAGCUGGAGAAGCUGACCAAGUACGAGAACUGCUGGCUCGCCCGCACCGACCCCGCCGAUGUCGCCCGCGUCGAGUCAAAGACGGUCAUCAGCACGCCCAACCGCGCCGACACCGUUCCCACGACCAAGGAUGGCGUCAAGGGCACGCUGGGAAUCUGGAUGUCCCCCUCUGACCUGGAGAAGGCCCUCGGCGAGCGCUUUCCCGGCUGCAUGAAGGGCCGCACCAUGUACGUGAUCCCCUUCUCGAUGGGCCCCAUCGGCUCCCCGCUCUCCAAGAUCGGCAUCCAACUGACCGACUCCCCCUACGUGGUCGCCUCCAUGCGCAUCAUGACCCGAAUGGGCGCCGAUGUCCUCCAGUCGCUGGGCGCCUCCGCCGACUUUAUCCGCUGUCUGCACUCUGUGGGCUGCCCCCUGCCCCUCUCCAAACANGCCAAGCGCGAGGGCUGGCUCGCCGAGCACAUGCUCAUUCUGGGCAUCACCAAUCCGCAGGGCGUCAAGCGGUACGUCGCCGCGGCCUUCCCCUCCGCCUGCGGCAAGACCAACCUGGCCAUGCUGACGCCCACGCUGCCCGGCUACAAGACCGAGUGCGUCGGCGACGACAUC